UUGUAAGACAUCCCGGAAGUGGUAUACAGAAGGCGAACUUAUAAACAAGUCUAGCUAGCUAACUAUCUCGGAUAGCUAGCGUAAUUUUGGUUGUAAAUUGUGAAGGAUAACAAUAGUAUUUUUUUUUUUUAUUAUUUGUGUAUACGGUGCUUAAUAACUACAGUUUAAGACCACUUUGCCGGAAUUGAAAGAUAAUAGCUGAAGCGAAACUAAGCUAGUGGAAUAGCUAGCAUUAUUUGUCUUGUAUGUAACUAGCAAGCUAGCUGGCAUCGAAACAGUAUCGACGAUUUCCACAGAUACAACAGCAAGCGUGCAGGUCUCCAAUGGCAGACGACUUUGAUAUCGAGGCGAUGCUUGAAGCUCCUUACAGAAAGACUUGCCUAAUGAUAUCUCAUCUCUACUUCCCUGAAUACACCUUUGAUUCCAGUGUGAAGUGUGAAAAAAGUAAGGUCGUCAUUGCGGCAUAUAUUGAUGUACUGUGUUCCCUCAGGUCAAAUACUAAAAGGCUCACAUCCUGUCACCUGUCUGGUGUCAACAAGAUGAAUGAAAGUGGGUGAAACAGGGAUAGAACCUCACAUGAAUUGGAGACAGUAUUCACAUUUUUACUACACACAUGGUUGAUCUUUGUACUGCGAAAGCCGGCAUCAUAAGCAGUAGCUUUUAGUAAGAUUAUGCUACCUGGCAGAUCAUCUAAGUUACACAGAACAUGCAGUUGUUCAUAAAGUCGUGAAUGUAUAGUUUUUAUGAAGAAAAGUAUUGUUCUAUACUUUUGGCUUGUUGUUACAAUAUUUAAUGGAUUGUUCCAGAAUAUGAAUACUGUCUCCCAAGCCAUUCUCUAGAGAAGGUCUCAGAUAAGUCAACAUCUUGAUUUUUUUGCAUGCCCCUCAUUUUUAAGCUUCUUCUUAAUCCAUUUUAUUUUGCUAUUUGCUUUUAGGAAUCUUUUGUGGUACAUCACCAACAUAAUCAAGAACCCUACAUUUAUUUGUCCUUAACACAUAUCCAGUAAACCUCCCAAGUUGGCUUCGUUGUAGGUAUUUAAAAGGAGACUGAUAUUAAAAAGGGGGACGAGAUGUAAGAAAGAGAUGGCAUCGUGCUCACACAGUCCAACCGCACAAAUGGGCGAAGAUCUCACCAAAUGACCACCUCCACUGUGGAAACCGGUUUAGACACCUUGUCCUUAGCAGCAAGCUUUAGAUUUAAAAUAGCAGGGUACUUUCAGAUCCUAGAGCUGUGUCUCCAUUAAGCAUCAUGGUCCUUCUGCUAGCAUGCAAACUGUUGCUCCUUUUUGGCGAGGGCAAUGAUAUGAUUUUAUGUGGCACAGCACAGGGCAGAGCAGACAAGAAGAAUUUUAACAGUUUUUCUAAAUCAGUAUAUUCUGUAUUUUCUCUUGUCCCCUCCCCCAUUCCUUUGACGACUUGCUAUGUAUCCUGUCCAUCCUCACGAUGUUCUUCUAUCAACCCUGCUUAGGGUGACAGCAAGUCCUAUAGUGCAAAUGGCUAUGAAGAACACAGCAGGAAGAAAAGGCACAGCCGGAGUCGCAGCCCAAGUGCAGACCGCCGCAGGAGUAGGAGCAAGGAGCGCAAAAAAGGCAAAGACAAGCGCAGGAGCCGAAGCAAAGAGAAGAAGCGAUCUCGUAGCAAAGAGCGGCGUUCUCGAAGUCAUGAAAGACAUGGACGUUAUCGAGGUCAUAAAAGUCCUCACCGCAGACGCUCUCGAAGCAAGAGCCCAUUUAAGAAAGAGAAAAGUCCAAUCAGAAAACCUAUUGAUAAUCUAAGUGCAGAGGAAAGAGAUGCCCGCACAGUAUUCUGCAUGCAGCUGGCUGCCAGGGUCAGACCCAGAGACCUUGAGGAGUUCUUCUCUGCUGUGGGCAAAGUGCGUGAUGUGAGAAUGAUUUCAGACAGAAACUCUCGCAGAUCUAAGGGUAUUGCGUAUAUUGAGUUUGUGGAUUCCACCUCCGUGCCCCUUGCUAUUGGACUAACAGGGCAGAGGCUAUUGGGAGUGCCACUCAUCGUCCAGGCCUCACAGGCUGAGAAAAACAGAGCAGCAGCGGCGGCAGCAGCCCUCAACCUGCAGAAAGGCAGCGCAGGGCCAAUGAGGCUCUAUGUGGGCUCCCUACACUUCAACAUCACAGAGGAAAUGCUCAGAGGCAUAUUUGAGCCCUUUGGGAGGAUUGAAAGCAUUCAGCUGAUCAUGGACAGUGAGACUGGCAGGUCAAAAGGUUAUGGCUUUAUAUCGUUUGCUGAUGCUGAAUGCGCCAAGAGAGCUCUAGAGCAGCUGAACGGUUUUGAGCUGGCUGGCCGGCCCAUGAAGGUUGGCCAUGUGACUGAGCGCUCAGAUGGCUCAUCAGCCAGCUCUUUCUUGGACAACGAUGAGUUGGAGAGAACGGGCAUAGACCUGGGAACCACGGGACGUUUGCAGCUGAUGGCCCGACUUGCUGAAGGUACAGGGCUACAGAUUCCUCCAGCUGCAAAACAGGCUCUGCAGAUGAGCGGCUCUAUCCCAUUUGGUAACCUUCCUGCAGUGAUCCCUGCACCAAGCAUGAACCAGGCCAUGAAUCUCCCAACCCAACCCCUGGCCACUCACUGCCUACAGCUCUCCAACAUGUUCAGCCCACAGUCAGAAAAUGAGCCAGGCUGGGAUAUAGAGAUUCAGGAUGAUGUCAUUGAAGAGUGUAAUAAACAUGGAGGCAUUGUUCAUAUCUAUGUAGACAAGAAUUCUACUCAAGGUAACGUGUAUGUGAAGUGUCCGUCUAUCCCAACAGCGAUGGCUGCUGUCAGUGCCCUUCAUGGACGCUGGUUUGCAGGCAAAAUGAUCACCGCUGCCUACGUGCCCCUCCCAACCUACCACAAUCUGUUUCCUGACUCAGUCACAGCCAUACAGCUGUUGAGACCCACACGUCGUUGAUCCACCCCUGCUGCGCAGUCCAAUUCUUCUGACUUUUUCUGUCUCUCUGCAUAGCCCGGAGAUGCAAACGCCACCCUGCCCUUUUUAGGACAGCUGCUGUCUGUCCCUGGAGGUCCAUAACACAUUCUAGAUCUCAAAGGUACACGGUUGCCCAAGGGUGUAACUGAAAGUUGGCUGGACUAGGUUAGCGCAAAAAAAUAAAAAUAAAAAACAAGAAGACCCCGGGCAGUCAACCUGGAUAUAUUCAGCUGUUUGGGAUCACUUUACGUUUUUAGCUUUUUGUAAUCACACUUUCAUUUUGUAAAAAACUCUGCAAUUAAAAUGGCUUUGAAAAUCAA